AUGGUAUCGCGAUUUGGACGUGUAUCAAUUGGUCCGGUCUAUUAUGCGUGGGGGGAGGGGGGGGGGGGCGAAUCGCUUGAGGCUUACAACUUCGGGAAAGGCACUGGAAAAGCUACUGAAUUUGUUCGUACGAAAAACAACCUGAAUACGAAUCGCAAAGAAAUCGGCUUCUGUGCAAUAGAAGAGAAAACUCCCCUCACCUCCGCUUUUCACGUGGUACUCUAA